AUGUCCACUAGGUCGGUGGAAACUCGGGUCGGUGUUCUUGAAGGACAGCUCGGGGUCGGCUCGACUUUCGUGGACUCACUGUCAACGACCACCGAUAUUGCCGUUACCUUACGCAUGGAUGCGCUCGAGCAACAAUACAGUUCUCUAGCUUCCCCGAGCCUUACGUCUAUCUGGGACGAAUCGGAUAAGCUCCUGCAAGAGCUUGAUCCAGGUACGGCCUUGACAUACCAGCAGCAAAUUGCAGCCCCAAUCUUGUAUCGGCGGCAAGAAGUACUAGCGUGCGCUGACGAUUUGAAAGCUAGUCUGGAUGAGCUUUCGCAAAUUUCUAAUUUCCUAUUGAUUGGUCAAGAUCAUCAAGAGUCCCAAACCAAAGCUCAAUUAAAGGAGCAUCAGGUUACGCAGGCUCCCAUUCUGGUCGGAACUAUUGUUUCCAAGGAGCUGCAAUCGCGUUUGUCCGCCGUGGAAGCGACCGUGGCCAACAUUCAAAACCGCGCGGAGCAGGCUGCUGCUCGUCUUGAUGCUAUGUUAAGUCAGUACCAUUCAGCAAUCUCGAUAGCUUCCGAAAAAUUGGUUCUAGCCGAUGAAGAAAUUCGUUCAAAGGAACAGUCACUUUGA